AUGGAUCAAGCGGCCGAGCUGCCGCGCAAAUGCCCCGGCCUCAACUGUGAGAAUGAUGCGUCGACCUUACAAUGUCCCAAAUGUAAGGAGAUGGAUGUGGACAGUUUCUUCUGCUCACAAGACUGCUUCAAGCGGAGUUGGGCGACACACAAAAACCUACACAAGAGUACGAACCCUCUCCGAAACUUCUUUGUCCCGAGUGUCGUUUCUAAAGUUGAUCCAGAAAGCGGCCAUUUCAACCCGUAUCCUACAUAUCCCUUCACCGGGCCAUUAAGGCCCGUCUACCCUCUAUCAGAGAAGCGAGUAAUACCGAAAUCAAUACCGCACCCCGAAUGGUCACAGGAUGGCAUUCCGAGGUAUCCCUACGUCCGGAAAAACAACAUACAAGCGCUUGACGAGAAGGGGAUUGCGGGCAUGCGAAAAGUCUGCAGAUUGGCAAGAGAGGUGCUAGAUAUUGCUGCGGCUGCUGCAAAGCCCGGUGUGACGACGGACUACAUCGACGAGAUUGUGCAUAAUGCAUGUAUAGAACGAAAGUCAUACCCUUCUCCCUUGAACUACAAUCACUUUCCCAAGUCUGUCUGCACCUCACCCAACGAAGUUAUCUGCCACGGCAUUCCGGAUCAACGUGUCCUUCAGGAUGGAGACAUUCUUAAUAUCGAUGUUACGCUGUUCCACGAAGGAUAUCACGGCGAUCUAAACGAGACAUACUACAUUGGCGACAAAGCGAAGGCCGACCCAGAUAAUGUGCGGCUCGUCGAGACAACGAGGCAGUGUCUGGACAAGGCUAUUGAGCACGUAAAGCCAGGCGUCAAGAUCGGCGACUUUGGCGACAUCAUUGAGAAGCACGCCAAGUCUCAGAGUCUCAGUGUUGUAAAGACGUACUGUGGUCACGGCAUCAACUCGCUUUUCCACUGCGCGCCUAAUGUGCCACACUACGCGAAGAACAAGGCCGUCGGGAAAUGCAAGGCUGGUAUGACAUUCACCAUCGAGCCCAUGAUAUGCUUGGGCAGCUACAAGGACAAGACUUGGCCGGAUGACUGGACAGCUGUCACGACAGACGGAAGCCGAUCAGCGCAAUUUGAGCACACGCUACUAGUGACGGAAGACGGUGUAGAGAUCUUGACAGCACGAUUGACGGACUCGCCCGGUGGGCCUAUACCUAUGCCUGCGGCAACGAAUGGGCAUGCCACGAACGGCGAUGCUACGAAAGCAUGA